AUGUCAGUCGAAGAGUAUGAAAGCGAUAGUAGUGAAAUUAUUUUUUCUAAAAAAUGGCGCAAAGUGAUUGUUUUUUCGUCAUCAGAGGAAGAGGAGGAGAAUGCCGAAAAAUGGCAUGAUCCGAGAGGUGAUCAACCAAAGCUUAUGCCUUUUACCAGUCCUUCUGGGUUUAUAAUUGAAAAUUUGAAUAUAAGAUCAGAUGUAGCAAUAGAAACUUGCUAUGAACUAUUUGUGCCGAAUCAAUCGUUCGAGGAAAUCGCCGAACAAACGAAUUUAUAUGCAUCACAGCAAUUAGAAGAUAGAUACUCGCAACGUUUGAGCAAGUGGACAGUGACAAACAAAAAUGAAAUAAAAAGAUUUUUUGGGCUAAUUCUAUGGAUGGGGUUAGUUAAAUUACCAUCAUUACAUUUAUAUUGGUCCCAUGAUCCUGCAUAUAUGCAAACAUUUCCGAAAAAAAUCAUGUCCAGAAACAGAUUUGAACUAUUGUUGAGAAUGAUACAUUUUGCAGACAACAGAAAGAGUAACGGUUCCAAUCGUUUGUACAAAAUACAACCACUUAUAGACACUUUAGAAAUAAAUUUUAAAAAAUAUUACAAUCCAACAGAGGACAUAUGUAUUAAUGAAUCAUUGAUUCCGUUUCAUGGCUGUAUUAUAUUUAGACAAUAUUUGAAACAAAACCGCUACAAAUAUGGAAUUAAAAUAUUUAAGUUAUGUUGCGGAUCUGGUUAUACGUAUGCCCUUCAUGUAUACAUAGGGAAAACUCUAAAAAAGGAAAACACUAUGCCCACUAAAAUCGUAAUGUCUCUUUGUAGAGAUAUAUUCGAUAAAGGACAUACGCUGUAUACCAGUAACUGGUAUACGAGUAUAGAAUUGGCGAACAAAUUAAUUGAUAAAAAUAUUCAUUUAGUGGGAACAUUACAUUCAAGUCAAUGGAAUCUUCCACAGCAAGUAAUAUUGAAAAAGUUAAAACAGGGAGAAAUUAUUGCAAAGGAGAAUAAAAAAGGAAUAACCAUUUUAAAAUGGAAAGAUAAGCGGGAUAUCUUACUUCUGUCAACAAAGCAUUCAUCAGAAAUGGUGAAUGUUAAAAGUCGAUCAGAAGACAAGUUGAAACCACAAAUUGUAGUAGCCUAUAACAGAGGAAAGGCAGCUGUCAACUUAUCUGACCAAAUGAAUGCCUAUAAUAAUCCACUACGCAGAUCUAUGAAAUGGUAUAAAAAGCUAGCCUUUGAGCUUUUAUUAAAUACUGCAAUUCUGAAUGGUUACAUUUUAUACAAAAAUAUCACAAAGAAGAAUAUCAGUAUCAAUGAAUUUCGGACGAAAUUAGCUGUAUAUCUCACAAAUUGCUGGGACGAAGAUAUUCCAUCUAACAGUAUUGUAACUACUUUUAAAAAACAACAACACAAACUUGAAAAAAAACCUGGAAAAGUCUCUAAAAUGCGAAAAUAUUGUAAAUUAUGCUAUGAAGAAAGUGCGGCACUAUUUGGUAGAGAAAUGGCCAGAAAAUCUACUAAACAAGUUACCACAUUUUGUAAUACCUGCAAAGGACAACCGUUUUUAUGUUUACCGUGUUUCAAUAAAAUCCAUUAA